AUGGAGGAGGACUUCGAUGCCUGCAUAAUCGGUGCUGGCCCAGGGGGUUUGUCCGCCCUUUCAUCCCUGAUUGAGCCGUAUUCAGCCGAUCAGCUUUCACAAGACCAAGUCACAAGAGCUGGUCAGGGAUAUGGUUUCCAGAAGCGUCGGGAUCUGAAGAUCUGUGUGAUAGACCCCGACCCAUGGAUGAAAGCAUGGCACAAGCGAUUCAAAGCCUUGGACAUCCAAUGGCUUCGAUCACCAGCAGGAGCCCAUCCAGAUCUCUUUGACAUGAGAAGCCUGCUGGCCUAUGCAGUGACGAAUGGUCGAACCGACGAGCUGCUAGAGUCAGGUGCCGUGAACCAACAGCUCCGAUCUUUGGGCGAAGCCCAUACAGGCCUUUGGCACCUACCAUCCAAUCGUCUCUUUGAGGACUUCUGCAAGGACCUGACCAAGCGCCUGCCUCAUACGUUCGUGCGUGGCACAGCUGCUGCCGUUACUGGCAGCGAUGGCGACUUUACCGUGACGUUGGCAGACGGGCGAGACCUGCGCGCCAGGAAUGUGGUGCUCGCUUUGGGAGUGCCGGGCCCUCCAAGAGUUCCGCCGGCCUUUGCAGACUUACCCAAGCACCUGAUGUUCCACUCAGAUUUUGAGCUGGGAUCUCGCAUGAAGGAGCUUCGGGGGAACAAGCAGGUUCUUGUGAUCGGUGGUGGGCUGACAGCAGUGCAGGCAGCGCAGCUUGCAUUGAAGAAUGGUUGCCUCGUCACGCUUUGCAGCCGUCGUGAGCUGAACACUCGCCACUUCGACGUGAGCCAAACAUGGUUCGAUCGAAGGCAAGCAAAUCGGCACCACUACAACUUCUUUGAGCAGUCCUUAGACUGCCGGCUGAAACACAUCAAAGAAGCUCGUGGCGGUGGGAGUGUACCGCCGAUGUACAUGAAGGAGCUGCGUGACGCAGAAGCUAAUGGCAUGAUCGAGUUGAAAUGUGUGGAGGCGAAGGUCGAGUCAAUUUUCUCCGACUCUGUCCAAGUGCGGCUUGGCAGUGAGGUGAAGUGCUUCGAUCUGGUGGUGAACGCCUGUGGUCAUGCCCCGGACUGCCAAAAGCUUCCUUUGGUAGGCCAGCUGCUCAGGGAUUACCCUGUGGAGGUUGUCGGUGGUUUUCCGGUAGUCUCGCAGGACUUGCAAUGGGGGAGCUUCAAAAAGCUCUUUGUGAUUGGUGCCCUGGCAUCGCUUCAGGUAGGCCCAGAUGCAGGGAAUCUGAUGGGUCUCCGCCGCGCCGUGCACAUCGUUGCCAAUGUCCUCGGCCUUCGCGAGUGGCUCAAGGACACGAAGUCCGUUCUUGGAAACAUCCGGGGGAACCGCUAUGCAGCCCUCGGCGACAGCGACAGCGACAGUGGCUCAGAGAGCUGCUCCGAACCGGGCAGUGACGAGUCGGGAGGGUCUAAGUCUCGAAGAAAUCUGGAGGAGGCCAGCACAGAAGCCUCCAGUGAGGGCCUCGGCCCGCGCAGCCCCUCCAAGGCGUAA